UAUCAAGUGCUUGCUAAAUUAGGAUGUAGUCUUGAACUGUCUUCUACGUAGUGGACAUUAGAAUAAACUGCUGCAAAGCAGUUGCAGCUACCGAAACAUUUAUUGUGAGAGUGUUUUUAAUUACAUAUUUGAAAAAAAUGAGGGUUCAUAAUUCCAGAGAAGAGGAUGGAGAAGAAGAAGAACAGGAAGAGACAUUCUGUAAACCCACUAUGAAAGACUGGAGUAUUGAAUUUGCCCAGAAAUGUAGUGAUCAGAUAAGUGAUAUUAAAUACAAAGAAGAAUUUAUGAAGUCAAAGGGAAAGUACACUUUUGUGCCAGACACACCUCAACAACAAUAUAUGAAAAAUGCAUCUGUUCUUAUUUCUGAGACUAAGUACAAAGAAGUUGUGAAAAAGGAAAGCUCUAAGUGCUUGUAUGCACAGAUGCCAGCCACCAUAGAUACUGUAUUUGCUAAAGAAGUUUCACAGAUUCAGAGUGAGAAACAAUAUAAGCAAAAAUAUGAUGCAGAGAAAGGAAAAUCAAAUUAUUCUUUCAUGAAAGAACUGCCGGAUGUUAAAUAUGCGAUGGAAGUCAAUAAACAUCAAAGUGAUGUAUUGUACAAGAAAGAUGCACAAGGCAUGCACAGUUACACGGAAAUAGUCGAUAGACCAGACAUCAAAAAAGCCAUGCAAACCACCAAGCUGGUUAGCAAUGUUGCAUAUAAAAACCAUGCUAAAGCAACAGCAUCUAUGAAAACAUCUGUCAUAGGUAGAACAGACAUUGAGCACGCGAAGGAGGUUUCCAAAAUUACUAGCCAAGUCAACUACAAAGACAAAUUUAAUAAAGAGCUUAAAGGAAAGAGGCAUCACUUCAAUCCCCAGGAGAGUGCUUCCUUCAAACAAUUGCAAGCAGCAUCUGUUCUUGCAAGUGAUGUGAAAUACAAGACUGAUCGUCAAAAAAUGAAUCAGUCCGCAUCAAAUUUGCCCAAUUUGUUGCAUCUGGAGCAUGUAUUGGCAGCCAGCAAGUUGCAAAGUGAUCAUGAAUACAAGAAAGAGUAUGAAAAGGCCAAAGGUCAUUACCACUUGGCACUAGAUACUUCGGAACGGCUUCAUCAUAAGGAGAAUGCGAUACUCCAGAGUCAGAUCAAAUAUAGAGAAGAGUAUGAGAAGAGUAAAGGAAAGUCAAUGCUGGAAUUUACUGAGACUCCAAGUUAUGAAGUAGCAAAACAGGCACAAUGCAUCCAGAGUGAGAAAGAGUACAGAAAAGAUUUUGAUGAAUGGAUUAAACUGAGUGCAUCAGUGGAUCUUGAUAUGACCCCAGGUUACUUGCAUGCCAAACAUGCCACCAGCCUCCUUAAUGAGAAAGAAUACAGAAAAGACUGGGAAGAAAACAUAAAAGGAAAAGGAACAACUUUAGUGGAAGACACACCUGACAUGAUUCGGGUCAAACAUGCAUCCCAGAUAUUAGAUGAGAAAGAAUAUAGAAAGGACUGGGAAGAAGGUGUAAAGGGAAAAGGACUCUCUCUGCUGGAAGAUACACCAGAAAUAAUUAGGGUAAAAAAUGCAUCCCAGAUAUUAAAUGAGAAAGAAUACAGAAAAGACCUUGAAGUCAAAAUUAAAGGCAAAGGGAUGGAACUGAGUUCUGAUAUUGUUGACAUGAAACGUGCCAAGAAAGCAUCAGAAAUUGUCAGUCAGGCAAUGUAUAAGCAGACAUCUACCUUGGGGCAAAAUAAGUAUGGAACUGUUACAGACACACCAGAGUUGAUGCAUGCUGCACGUGUAAAGGACAUUUAUAGUCAGAAAAAAUACAAAGAUGAAGCAGAAAAGAUGUUAAGUAUGUGCACUACGAUAGCAGAUUCUCCAGAAAUCGAGAGAUUUAAGAAAAACCAAAAAAAUCUUAGUAUGCUGAAGUACACAGCAGACUUACAGUUGCUUAAAGGCAAGGUAACAGCUGUAAAUGAAACACCAGAAAUCCGUCUCGCCAAAGAAAACUGCAAGAGGUUUAGCAAUGUGCUUUAUAAGGAGGAGGUAGGUCCUGGUACAGCAGUAAAAGAAACUCCAGAAAUGAAACGUGUUAAAGAAAAUCAGCAGAAUAUUAGUGUGGUAAAAUACAAAGAAGAAAUUGGACAAGGAACAGCAGUUGCAGAUCUUUAUGAUUUAAAGCAAGUCAAAGAGAAUCAGAAGAACAUCAGCUUGGUCAAAUAUAAAGAACAGGUUGGCACUGGCACUGCUGUCAGUGUUACUCUUGAGAUGGAACGGGCCAAGAGGAAUCAAUCAAAUGUCAGCUCGGUGCUGUACAGUGAUGACCUGAAGAAAAUGAAAGGCAAACCAGUUCAGCUUUUAGACACUCCAGAAAUGAGACGUGUCCGUGAAACACAAAGUAAUAUUUCCAUGAUUAAAUACCAUGAAGACUUUGAAAAGACAAGAGGCAAGGGCUUCACUUCAGUAUCUGAUGAUCUGGUAACAGAACGAGCAAGGAAGAACACUCAGUUUGUGAGCGAUGCAGUGUACAAGGGAGUGCAUCCCCAUGUGGUUGAAAUGGAGAAAAGCAGAUCUGGCAUCAUGGGAGAAUUUAAAGUAUGGCGCACUGAUCCUGGCUCCAUCUUUGACUUUGAUCCUCUUGAAGACAACAUCCAAUCCAGGAGUCUGCACUUGCUCUCCGAAAAGGCAAAACGUUAUAGUAAACAGUCUCAGUCCACAGGUGUGGGUAGUACAAGUGUUGGAGAUGAUAGGUCAGAGAUGACUGAGCUUAACCCCAGCAUUUCCAGCUACAGUGAACAUACAAUGGAGUUAUCUGAAGAAGGAGAAAAGGCAAAACGUUAUAGUAAACAGUCUCAGUCCACAGGUGUGGGUAGUAUAAGUGUUGGAGAUGAAAGGUCAGAGAUGACUGAGCUUAACCCCAGCAUUUCCAACUACAGUGAACCUACAAUGGAGUUAUCUGAAGAAGGAGCUGCUGUACUUCCUGGAGCUUACCAGCAGAUGCAUUCCCCUCAUUCUCCUGGAUAUGGCUAUAUGCAUCAGUCCAGCGUUUCCUCUAUGAGGCCGCAGCAUUCUCUUCCUCAUGCAAUCAAUAUGAGGACAUACCGAGCAAUGUAUGAUUACACUGCUGCUGAUGAAGAUGAGGUUUCCUUCAAGGAUGGUGACUACAUCAUCAAUGUACAAGCAAUUGAUGAGGGUUGGAUGUAUGGCACUGUCCAGAGAACUGGAAAAACUGGAAUGCUUCCAGCAAACUAUGUUGAACCUCUUCACUGAAUCCAGCUGCUCGCCGUUCGUGCUUAAUCCUUUAUUUUUAUUACACUAACUGGUAAUUAAAAUGUUGAGGAAGAAAUGAACCUGUUAAGUAUAUUAAAAUCUUAUUUACUAUCUAAGUAGCUUUUCAUUAUUGUAUUACUGAUGUAUUCUUAGGACUUUCUAAGAAACUGUUCUUGUUACUGACCAAUCUUAUUGUUCAGUAGAAGGCAGUAUAAUAGACCAUGGUUUCCUGCAGUCAGUAAGGCUUUUAAUAAUGUUGACGCAUCAACAUUCCGCUAGUCUUUAACAGCGAAACGGAAAGCUGUUGGAUUUGUGUUACAAGUUAUGAUCAGCUCUGAUCAUAACUUACUGUAUCACAUGUGUGAUAGGAUCAAUUGCUGUGUGCAAUUUUGCUUGGUUUGCUUCUAGAGUAUUUGUAGAUUUCUGUUUUUGCAAAGUGUUUUAAGUUCAAGAUACUUUUCCUGAAGGUAAUGUGUGUUACAACUGAAUGUGGGUUAAUAUUAGAGAGAUUUAAUACUAACUAGUGCACAUUUGUAUUUUGCCUGUGAGAUGCACAUGAUUACUAAUGUCAGCUGUAUAACUUGAAGUAUUUCCUUAGUGGAACUUUGUCUUUCUUCCUAUGCACUGUGGAUAUUUCAAGCACUUUCUUAACACUGAAAUGAAUUGUCCCUGUACAGGUUGCUCUGUAAUGUUUAAUUCCAGAAGAAUUUUUUGCCUUUUUAAUCUUGGAGUAAUUUGGAUUAUUAGAAACUGAAGUCCUAAUAUACAAGUAUCAUCUGGUUUAGUUUGUUUUGCUUUGCUUUGCAUUGGUUAUUGGUUAUGCAUGCUUUGUCUGCAAUGUCUUGUUAGCCAAUAAAGACAGUUUAUUGAAUUGGUUAUAAGGUAAAUCUCAUUAACUUUUAUCCUGGUGAAUGCAUAGUUCUGUAUUACUGGCACAACAAUGCUGUGACUAGUGCCAUAUAAAGGGUUAAAUAAAGAAACUGAAGUAUG